GUGGAUUCUUUGAUGACGUAAUUUGACUGCGCCGGCGUACCUUUUCACUCACACAUCGGACUUCGUGAUGGCAGAGCAGGUUUCUGAGUACGUAUUUGUUUACAUGUUGAUCUAAGUCCAUCCUUUGCUAAAUUUAUAAUUUUCAAAAAAUGUCAAUGGCAUAAAUGUAUAAUUAGACUAAUAGGGUUCCGUCAAGCCAUGUAUUUGUAUGAUUUGUCUGAAAGAUGCUCAGUACAGAGAGCUAGAUAAUUGGUUCUGUUUCACAUGGGUAUGACGUUACAUUAGACAUAACUAAGCCAACUUAAAUAAUGACAUUUUAAUGUUUCGACACAAGUAACACGAAACAUAAUCUGCUAUCAAAUAAUUAUAUAACGUGACCAGAAUGCCAUAGCUACAUUUGUAUUAUUUUGGUUUGCCUUCAAAGGUAGGGCAUGGCUGGCUAGCUAACUAACCAAGUUUACUUGCAAGCUAGGUAACUUCAUUUCACUCAUGAAUCAGAUCCGUGUCAUGGUUUUUGUUGCAGAUGGAUAUGGGAAUAAUCUUGUCAAUAGUUCGGUGUGCUUUGGCCUUAUCGCACCAUUGUAUUCUUUGUAUGAUAUGAGUGUUGAUGAGAUGUCUUGUGUUUAGAGUGAAGAGGGUGAUAAAGUUGGUUCCUGAGAACCUUCUGAAGAAGAGGAAGGCCUACCAAGCCAUCAAAGCCACUGAGGCCAAACGUGCACUUCUAGAGAAGAGAAAGGUAACCAACUAUGCGGGGCCAAUGUUUUACCAUGGUGGCCUUUUAAUCAUUUACCUAUGAUUGUUUUGAUUUUUAUAAAGUUGUAGGCCAUCAACAAGUGUAAAUGUGUUCAUUCAGGUAUCUAAAGGGAAACCCUUGAAGUUCAAGCGCUUGGAGGACUUCCUGAAGGAGAGCCAUAGAAAGCAUCGCGAUGAGACCCGUAUCAGGAGAGCAGAUCACAGACCAGCUCCAGCCAUGCCCCCUGCAAAGAACAGACUGGCCUUCGCUGUCCGCAUCAGAGAGUGAGUGGCUGAAAUCUGUAGUUACAUGAUGUGAUUGUAUAAGUGGUGCAAAUAAAGCUGUGCAAAUCUUGCCUGACUAUUCUAUACUCACAAUGGAGCGUAAGUGGCUAUGCAGUCACAAUCAUCUGGAAUUACAGUAUUCCAUCAGCUCAUCUUUAGUGGUCUGGAUGAAUAUCGAGGUAACGUUUAUAUCUGUCUCUCUGUGCAGGAUCAAAGGAGUCAGUCCCAGAGUUCAGAAGGUGAUCCAGAUGUUACGCCUGAGAAAGAUCUUCAGCGGUGCCUUUGUCAAAGUUAACAAGACUUCUAUGGGCAUGUUGAAAAUGGUUGGGCCUUAUGUGGCAUGGGGGUAAGUGAGAAUGGGGGUCAGACUUUGGGGACCUAGGGACUGAACAGAAAAUCUACUUCAUGUAUUGAGAUUAAUCCACCCUGAUGUAUAUAAUCAACUAGUUGGACAAUGUAUUGUAAUAACUAUGGCAAAUGAUUCAAAUUAAACAGGUUUCCCAACUUGAAGUCAGUUCGUGAACUGAUCUUGAAAAGAGGACAGGCCAAGAUUAACAAGCGAAGGGUUGCUCUCACAGACAACACACUCAUUGAGCAGCAUAUGGGUAAGGAUCACAAUUAAUAAUAUGUAUUUGUUCAUCAGCGUGUGGAGUUACAAGUCUUGGUACAUUUUGUAUGUGCAUGUCAAAUUAGUCAUGUAGAAAAGUUGUCAUGCAGAUAAUUUACCACAGUGAUUUUAAUUGAGAUACAGGUACAUUACAAUGUUUACAUCAUACCCUCUCCUCUCAGGCAAGUAUGGGAUCAUCUGUCUGGAGGACUUGAUCCAUGAGAUCUACUCUGUGGGGAAGAACUUCCGGGUGGUCAGCAACUUCAUAUGGCCGUUCAAGCUGUCUGUGGCUCGUCAUGCUGCCAGGGACAAGGCAGGUCUUCUGAAGGACAUAGGCAACCCAGGACCUAGAGGGACGGACAUUAACUCGAUAAUCAGGCAGCUCAACUGAGGCUACACAAGACACUUUCAUGUCAGACUUUUCUUGGAGCCAAUGAUGAACCUUUUUUGUUUGUCAUAGCCUACUCAUUGGUGGUUCUUUAAUUCAUUUAUUUUCAUGUCAAUACUCUGAAUUAGCCAGUCUGGCAUGAGAAAAGAGAUACCUUACAGAUUCAUAAGGAUUUAAUUCAUCUUCAUCUCAGAAUUUAUAAUAAUAAAUAAUAAUAUGCCAUUUAGCAGACGCUUUUAUCCAAAGCGACUUACAGUCAUGCGUGCAUACAUUUUUGUGUAUGGGUGGUCCCAGGAAUCGAACCCACUACCUUGGCGUUACAAGCGCCGUGCUCUACCAGCUGAGCUACAGAGGACCACUUUAUACUGGACCUGAUCAGAAUUGAACACCUGGACAGACAGUGCCCCUCUGGACUAUGUUGUGAUUAGACGGCAGUUAUUGACCCUCCCUUUGUUGAAACAUUUGUAUUCUCAGUAUGUUGCCACCUCUGCAGUUGCAAUAAGGCCAUUCUAUGGAGAUGCUAACAGCAUCACUACUUUUCCCCUCUGGUUUUCAGAGGGAUGUCAUUAUGCUUACUAUGUAUGUGAGAUUACAAUACUUUGUUUAUUUAUCAAUAAACUGAAACAACAAUUGCUUUACUUUGGAGUGCAGCAAAUG